CAAAAAUACUCCUGUAUUAAUCUGUAAUAGUUGUCUUUUUAAAACAGUGUUGCUCUUGAAGAAAGACGAGGACUAGAGGAAAAACUACCCACAAACCAACACUGAGAAAUAAGCACUUUAGAAAAAGGUUCUGGGGCGAGCCUGGUGGCAUAGCCAUUAAGUUCGCAAGUUCCCUUUCGGCGGCCCAGGGUUCCUAGGUUCGAAUCCUGGGCGUGGACCUACUCACCGCUCAUCAAGUCAUGCUGAGGCGGCAUGCCACACAGAAGAGCUACAACCCUACAGCUAUAAUACACAACUAUGUACUGGGGCUUUGGGGAGAAAAAAGAAAAAGAGGAAGAUUGGCAACAGAUGUUAGCACAGGGCCGAUCUUCCUCAAAAAAAAAAAAAAGGUGCUAUGCAUGUAUGUAUUGUACCAAAGGUGUGGGGGCACAGUUGGUGCUAUUUUCACUUGUCCACUAGAAGUCAUUAAGACGAGGUUGCAGUCUUCAAGACUAGCUCUUCGGACAGUCUAUUAUCCUCAGGUUCAUCUGGGGACCAUUAGUGGAGCUGGGAUGGUGAGACCAACGGCAGUGACACCUGGACUUUUACAGGUUCUGAAGUCCAUCUUGGAGAAGGAGGGACCAAAGUCACUCUUCAGAGGCUUGGGUCCAAAUUUGGUUGGAGUCGCGCCAUCAAGGGCUGUGUACUUUGCGUGUUACUCCAAAGCCAAAGAGCAGUUCAAUGGCAUUUUCGUGCCUAAUAGCAAUGUUGUGCAUAUUUUCUCAGCUGGUUCCGCAGCUUUCGUUACAAAUUCCUUAAUGAAUCCUAUAUGGAUGGUGAAAACCCGGAUGCAGCUAGAACGGAAAGUGCGAGGCUCCAAGCAGAUGAACACACUCCAGUGCGCUCGCUAUGUUUACCAGACAGAAGGCAUCCGUGGCUUCUAUAGGGGGUUAACUGCCUCAUAUGCUGGAAUUUCAGAAACUAUCAUCUGUUUCGCUAUUUAUGAAAGUUUAAAGAAGUAUCUGAAAGAAGCUCCAUUAGCCUCUUCUACAAGUGGGACUGAGAAAAAUUCCACAAAUUUUUUUGGACUUAUGGCAGCUGCUGCUAUUUCUAAGGGAUGUGCUUCCUGUAUUGCUUAUCCACACGAAGUCAUAAGGACGCGGCUCCGGGAGGAGGGCACCAAGUACAAGUCUUUUGUCCAGACCGCUCGGCUGGUCUUCCGGGAAGAAGGUUACCUUGCCUUUUAUAGAGGACUCUUUGCCCAGCUCAUCCGGCAGAUACCCAACACUGCCAUUGUGUUGUCUACCUAUGAGUUAAUUGUGUACCUAUUAGAAGACCAUACUCAGUAACAGGCCAGAAAAUUGUGCUCUAGAAUAAAACUGAGAAACUCUAGAGAAUUUUUUUUCCAUUGAUGUUUAGAAUGUUUGAGACUGAAACAGGAGAGGCCAUAAAAUAUCUGGUUCAUAUCACCUGUUGGAUAUUUCCUUUUGGAUUCAUGUUUCCUGGAAGGUUUAAAUUCAUUAACGUUAAUAGUUAAUUAAAACUUUUGUUUUUUUAACUUAAGGGGAUUCAGGAUUAAGCAGCAGCUAAAUUAAAUCAUGCUAUUUAAUUUAAGUGUGGAUUUGGUUUGUGUACUCCUUUAUGUUCACUCUGCUGUAAACUCUAGUUUACUAAGGACUUUAGUGAAACAUAACCCUAGAAAUGCAGGAAAAAACUAUAAAGUGAAAGUACAGCUUGUUUCCUAAUCUGACCCUGCUCUGCUGGACAGGUAAGAAGUGUCAUAUUUUGGUGGCACUGGGUGGAUCAGGACAGACUUCCCAGCUAUUUUUCUCCUUUCUACAUUUCCAAGUCUCAUACAGAUGGAUCAUUUAAGCUUUCAGGCUGGUGAGUUAAAAAAAUAAGUACAACUUCCUGGCACUAAAUAUUUUGAACUGUAAACAUUUUCAUGAAGUUAUCCUCUAUCCCCAGUUUGAACCAAAGGCAAGAAUUUUAAAGAGCUGUUUACCAGUUGCCUUGCUCCUGGAUGUAUUUCCAGAAGUUAAGCCCCAUUCAAGACCAGGUCCCUUGUAAGUGUGAGAGCACAGCCCCCAAGGUGGCUGUGACUGUGGGAUGUGGUGAGUAAUGGGCAUCCGCUCUCAGGUCUAUAACCCUGUUUUUGGGUCUCAACUACUGGAGAAGGGUAGCAUGACAGCAGGCUGGUUGCCUGCCCCUGGAGAGUUCACUCUUACUCUAAUAGGGGGCAUUGGUGUUGUUGAAAUACCCUAGUUCAAAGGGUAUUGGAACCCUUUUGAAAAACAAUCCUAGAAAUGAGUAAUUACCAGAAUUUUAACCCCCCUCCCCUCAUUUUUAAAGGAAACUUAAUAAUUAAGAGACAAAACGAUAAGACAGAAGACAAGGAAGAUCGAUAGUCUUCCAUUAGCUCUUUCACUGGAAUUUGCAUAUAUUGUACAUUAAGAUUAUUUUUUAAUCUGCAUAUCUGGAAAGAUAAUUGACUCUAAAAAAUGAUGCAUUGUAAUUUCAGAUUCAGUGGCAGAUACUCUGAUAGGGAUGAGAGGAGGAUAUUUUCAAAUUGUAUUUGAGUUUUAAUUUUUCUCACCUUUAGUCAUAAGGAGGUUGUUAUGUCAUUAGUUGGUGUUCUUGCGUUCUCUAGUGUAAUUUGCCUCAACUGUCAACAACUAUGUAGAAGUCAAAAUAAAUGACUUUAGUCAAGCUUCA